UUCACCUGGGCUCCUGAUGAACGUUCACGCGCGGAGCAGGUGAGCUUCACCGGGCGCUAUCUUUCCAAAACAGCACUUUUUCGACAGUUUUUGAGUCUUCUUAAGCGAGUUCGCGCGAGUCACGACCAACUUUAAACGCGAACUUUGUAGAUAUUUUAAAACAACCUCCAAACGCUUCCGAGGAAUGCGGCGGAUCUGAACCGCGUUUUUUUUGUUUGUUUGCGUUUACAAAGCGAUUCGGGCGGCACGAGGCAACCCAAAAAGGAAACCAUGGCAACAGGAGGAUUUAAAUCGAACAGCGCGACGGACUUUCUGGAGGAAUGGAAAGCAAAGCGUGAGAAGAUGAGGGCAAAGAUGCUUGGAGAUAUCGCCGCCGCCACCGGGAGAACCACUGAGUUAAACAACAACGGCAGCUCGGUUAACUGCGUCUCCUCUUCGUCCUCCUAUCCGGUGUCUCGGUCUUCCUCUUCGACCGCUUUGAAGGACGAACCGAAGAAACCCGAGCCGCCCGGGGAAAACUUGAAGAAGACGCCGGAGAAAGUGAGCGGUGUCCCGCAGGCGGAGAGCUCGAGCCCCGCCGGAGUGGAUGACAGUGAUAAGGAGAGUCCCACGCACAGCAAGAGCAAAGAGAAGAAGAGCUCAGGGCCCAGCGCCAGAAAGGGCAAAGGACAGAUCGAGAAAAGGAAGUUAAGAGAGAAGAGGAGGUCAACAGGUGUUGUCAGCAUACCGUCCAAUGAGAGCUUGGAUGAGCUCGAUGACGAUGAUGGAGAGGAGAAGGAGAGGAAGAUGGAAGAAAGUCUUACGCAGCACAACACGGUCCAGAACGAGGCGAUGACCCCUGACCCCGGCGCAGCCUGCUCCGUACAGGACACUCCGAGAUCCAGAAGUCAUAAGAGCGAUGAAGACGGAAACAGACAUCGUCAUCGACACGGAAAGGAAGGCAGCAGCGCCUAGCCCACGAACCUGGAGAGAAGGAUAGAGGAGCUAGAAAGGGAGCUGGCCAUGGAGAGGCAGGAGAACAGCCGCCUGUUGAACGCUCACCAGGACAAGGACGAGUUGAUUGUUAAGCUGAAGGAGGAGAUUGACCUGCUAAACCGGGAUCUGGAUGAUAUUGAAGAUGAGAACGAGCAGCUCAAACAGGAAAAUAAGACCUUGCUCAAAGUGGUCGGUCAACUCACCAGGUAGAACCCGGCGCCCCGAGGAUGGCUGAGACGUCUGGCUUUGCUGAACGACGCCUGCCUCUGUCCUUUACGUGUUCUGCUCUGGUCUAACGUGUCUGUCUUGUCUUGUCGUCGCUCUCUGGAAGAGGAUGCGUGCGCGCCUUUAGGGAAGCCUUCGAGAACCCGGACCUAAAAGCGAGCCGCCCGACGGGGUGUUAACGGAGGCCUCCCGCUUUCACGGAGGUUGUCAAAAGGAACUGGCCUUCUAUUUAAUGUAAAUGUGUGUACAUAGGCUGUGCUGACUGUUCUUUUGAGGCUUACGCAGGACAACGAAAAGAGGAAAUGCCUUUGAAUGUACGUGGUGCGGCACCAAAUUAUUUUCUUUCCUUUGUUUUUCUAGCCCCGAGGGCUUCUUACAUUCAAAUCUCAAAUUGUUCGAAUUGCACUUUUAGGAUAUUCCGGCUUUCACUAUUAGUUUAAAGUUGCCACAAUUGCCUUUACAUUUAAAGUUUGUCUCUUUAACGCACAUCAUUACCUGUGAGUCCAAAAAGUGCCUGUUGGACAGGAGCCCAGAUCUAUACUUACGGCCUUAUUUUAAACAGUUGGCGGUACUAAGACCGAUUCCGUGUUUUAGCGCAAUGAACGUCUCCGGCUUGGACCUUGCAAAUGUUGUAAUGAAUAUUAUCUGUUAUUGUCUGAUUUCUACAUUUUACUCGAUGUUCAAAUGUUUACAAGUUUUGGUAUCAAUAGAUGUAGCUAUUCAUUGUAUACUGUUAGCCUAGGCUGCUGCUGUGCGUUUUCAAAAUAACCGACUCAAUUGGAGACGUUGAGCACAAUCAUGUGGUCUCUUAUAGGCGAUAUGACUUAUUACUUUAAGUUGCUAUUGCAAGGUCAUCACUUUAGAGGUUCAUAUCUACAUCGAUGCUAAUAUACAAUUGCUUAUGAAAUGUAUUCUGUAAGGUCAUUGGAGGGGGUAUCUUUUCUUUUUUUUUUUUCUAGAAUGUAUAGCGGUGGGAGAUAUCUGUAUCCCGCCGCUUUACAUAAUGCUUGUACAGAAGAUUGAGUAAAAGUCAAUAAAAAUUUUUCAUGGCAA